GUUCUCAGAGUCCAUGUUUUGUCCAGUCUAUUCCUUUGGCUAUGGUUUAUUACAUCAUGUUGAGCACCUGUGGCUAAGGAAAAGGCCUGUUCACCUCAUGGCAAGGAGAAACAAUAGAAGGGGCCCCCAAUAUCUUCUUUAAGAGUAUAUCACCUCACUUAGGACUAUAGGCUGACAGGCCUCUAGUGAACAUUAACGAUAUGAAUGUUCUAGCUUGGUAUGGUGGCACUUACUGUAAUCUCAGCAUUCAGGAGACAGAGAUAGGAGGGUCAAGGCCAUUUCAUAGCAAUUUUAAGAACAGGAAGAUACUAUCUUAUUAAGAGAGUAGACAGAAUCUACUUAAAAAUCUGGAAAUAGAGACAGGAAUAUCCUGAGGACAUGCUGAGCAGCCAGUUUAGCCAAACUGGCAAGCUACAGGUUCAGUGUCAAAAGUAAGGUGGAAGGCUACAGAGAACUCAGUGGUUAAGAGCAUACAUUGCUCUGGCAGAGGACCUGAGUCCUCUUCCCAAGCACCCACAUCAGACAGCUUAUAACUCCAGCACCAGGGAAUUCAACACCCUCCUCUGGCCACCACAGGUACUUGCACACUUGUGCACAAACCCACACACAGACAUACAUGCAUACACAUAAUAAAAGAUAAAAUUGUAAGGGGGUGGGGAGCACAUAAGGAAAGCAUUUGAAGCCAGUCUCUGGUCUGUAUACAUACCUGCACAGACCUACAUACACAAAAAAUAUUAAGCCACAUAGCUGGGUAUAGUGACACGUGUUGAUAAUUACAGCUACUCACAAUGAGGCCUUGGGAGGAUGAGUCCAUCAGUUCAAAGAAGCCUGAAAACAGCAGCAAAAAGUUGUCCCUGUCUCCCCACCCAUAACAAGGAGGAAGAAGAAAAGGAACCAACCAAUAGUAGUAGCACAUGUCAGAAUCCAACUCACGCAGGAAGAUAGACAGACAGGUUAUAUUAUGAGACUGAUCUCUAAAGUAAGUAAGGCCAGACUUUAUUAGCUCCACCUUAAAUACAAAGGGAAGAAAUAAUAAAAAUGCUGGAAACAGGUAUUAGCAAUCAAAAGGAAAGAAUCAAGUGUCUGCUUCUGUCAAAUAAAACAGGCUUUAGGAGAAAUGUCAUCAGAGACAUCCAAACAUGAUAAAAGGAUCAAUUUGGGAAGACUUAACACUCUAAGAUGUGUCUGCACUUAACAGGAAUUUCCAGACACUUGAAAUGGGAACACUGCAAAGAAACCAUCUACAAUUUUAGUCUGACAUCAAUCCUCAUUCAGUAACAGAACAAAGAGACCUCAGAACAUUUAUAGAACAUAUAAACCAUCCUUAUAUCAUAUUCUACCCAACAUUUAUUUGCUCCUACAAUAUUCAUCAAAACAACUUAUGGACCUUAAACGCCAAGCACAAAUAUUAUACUCAGCCUGUUGGGGUUGGAUCUCCCGAGUAUAUGCCUGUGUUUCAAAUAUGACUGCAAGUGCCAGAAAAAGGCAUUUUGACUCCCUGGAGCCAGAGUUACAGUGGUUUCUAGCCAUGCAACAUGGAACUGAAUUCAGGUCUUCUGUAAGAUCUGUAAGAGCAUUACUAACUCUUAACCAGGAGCCAUCUCUCCAGCCAAAUAUUUUUCCUUUUAAAAGGAUGCCGGCAAAAUGAUCAGCAGAUUAAGGCACUUACUGACAAAUCUGAAAACCUGAGUUUGAUCCCUGGGUUUCAACAUCUGUGGAAAGAGAACUGACUCUCAUAAGCUGUAACCUCCACAUGCUGUAUGCCCAUACACAUCACACACACACACACACACACACACACACACACACACACACACACACACACACACACACUCACUCACACUUCCCACUAAAGAAAACCAAUGCUUUUAGGCACAUGUUUGAUUUCGGGUCUGAGAAGGAAAUGCACACAAUGGACUUGAAGGAUCUCAGUAGAACAGAAAAUUGUUCAAAACCUGAGUCAUUUCAAAGUAUCCAGAGUUUAAAAAAAAAAAAAAAGCACUGAACAGAAUAAGGUGAAAAGCCACCAUGUACAGUAAAUUGUUGAGUUCAUGUUAAGAAAAAGCAUUAUCGGUCCCCAGCUCCAAAAAAAAGAAAAAAGCAUUAGUCUUUGAAACUUUGAAAAUGAGUAAAGAAAUAGAAACCAACAUAGUGAUCUCUUUCCUUCCCUGUGCAAAUGGCACACCCAGGUAAUAAAAUAUUGUGAAUGCACUCAGAAGUCAGUAACUACUCGUGAGUCCAGAUCAGGCAGUCAUCUGUAUAAUCACAAUGACUCUGUGCAAAGUCUUGGGGAAUUUGAAUAAUGGUGACACCUCUAAAGCCCUACAGGUAAAUCUUGUUCUUAAAAUAUCAGAAAAAGAGGUCUGGAAAGACAGCUUACUGGUUAAGAGCAUAUAAUGCUCUUGCAAAGGACAAGAGGAGUUCAGUUCCUGGCAUCCUUAUCAGGUGAUUCAAAUCUGUCUUCAACUUCAGCUCCCAGGGAAUCCAUCAUCUCGAACCUCCACAGGCAUCCACACCCAUAUGUACACACACCCACACCUACAUAAUUAAAAUAAAAAUCUAAAAAGGAAAAAAUGUUAUAAGAAGAAAACAAUUACUGAGGACAUUUGUUGAACUAGUUUACUGGGCCCAGCUGAAGACCUUUGGUAUCAAGUCUAAAGAUGAAACUUGAAAAUCCUACACUCAUGAGCACCCUCCCAAACGCCAGCAUGCUUUAGUCCACAUUGGCACUAGCUAGCAAUUUGAGGCUAUGGCCCUGCAGGCCUAACCUAGCACUGAGAACCUGGUGCUAGAUAACCAACAACUCAAGUCACCUUUAGGCUGAGGGCAAACACUGUUGGACAGACACUAAAGACAGAAGGGCUGGGGCUACAGUACUAAGAUAGUAGAGGCAGGAAAGCCAGUGGGAUAUACUGAGCUUUGAAAGGAGACCAAAGAAUGCCAGCAGGAUCCUUCAACAACACUGCAGACACAGAAGCCUGGACACUGCAGAGCACUUGGAGCAGGCUCAGAACAAAAUACCCACUAGAUUUAAACACUAUAAAAGUAACAACUUGUUGUUAAUCACACAUUACGGUUAUAUAUGUGGUUGUCAACAUGGCUACAUCUGGAGUCAACUAGAACACAAGCAGAUAGGCACACCUGUAAGGGAUUUUUCUGGAUUGAAUCAUUUAAGGUGGGAAGACUCACUCUAAAUCCGGGUCACACCUUCUGUUGGCAGCCCACAGAAGGAAGCUUUUGCUUUUUGCCUGCUUGCCCUCAUUCUCACUGACAAGUUCAUCUAUGCCUUGACCAAAGCACUGCUUACUGGCAUUAAACCUACUUCUGGACUCAAAUGUAGGUAAAAGACCAGCUGACUUUUCACACCAUGACUGAACAACUAAUGGAUUCUUGGCCUUUCUGUCAAGAGACAUUCAUUGUUGGACUAGCCAGAUCAUAGCCUAUAAAUCACUCUAAUGAAUCCCUUUUAGGGGAUAGAGAGAUGGCUCAUCAGUUAAGAGCACUGACUGCUCUUUCAGAGGUUCUAAGUUCAACGCCUAGCAACCACAUGGUAGCUCACAACCAUCUGUAACAGAAUCUGAUGCCUUCUUCUGGUGUGUCUGAAGACAGCUACAGUGUACUUACAUAAAAUAAAAUAAAUAAAUCUUUUAAAAAAAGAAUCCCCUUUAAUAAACAUAAGUUCAUUCUGUUGUUUCUACAGAGAACCCUAAUAAAACAUACAUUGAAAUUUAGUCCAUCUGUUUUGGUCUUGGUUUUAUUUAUUAAGAAUGGGGAGUUAGAGCAAUCACCUGUCCUUUCUAGAGCUAUAUAAUCUCUCCCAAGCAUCCUAUUGGUAGGAUGAAGGUACAUUUCCUAGCUCCUCUUCCACAGACAUGGGCAGGUCAUUAGAUAUUUUCUGGCACCUCUUCCCUCCAUUCUUCCAUCAACAGACUGUACUCCCUGCUAAUCUAUACUCUGGAUGGCAAGGUAUGUGACUAGAGGGUUCCAGCUCUGUCCCUGGAUAGUUAGCAACUUGUGUUUGCUCAUCUGUGGCCUUAUCUAAGAUCAACAGCAGUACCUCCUGCCUCCAAAGGCUUCCAGUGGCUGAGUGGACAAGCCUCAUAUCUCAGCCGAUGUAUGGUCACCAUGCACAGGCUUUCUGUCCUCACAGACCGGAGGGCUGCAGGUGUUUUCCACACCACCUCACCUUUAGCCCCUGUGGGCCCCACAGCCAAGGUUUCUUAAGUUCAGGUGGGUGACAAGCUAUGGAGGCACCUGGUAAUACAGUUACGUUGGAUUUCCAGCUACCUCUGUCACAUGGUCUUUUUCUCACAGGAGUUGCAACCCAGCCCAUUCCUCACCUGCACCAAGAGUUCCUAAAGAGCCCAAUCUCCUCCAAAACUUCAUAGUAGGUAGGUCAGGAUAUCAUGGGGGCUCUAAAUCAUUUGUCCUAUUGUCAACAGCCCCUAACUGGAUAUCCAGAGUGACCUAUCACUGCAAUGACACAAUUACAGUGGCAGCAGAAACAGGUCAGAAAGCAGUGCUUCAGAAGCCAGGAGCCUACACUUCCCCAGGGACACAUCCUAUUUUUCUUUAUCUUUUGUUUUUGAGACAUGGUUUCUCUGUUAGCCCUGACUAUCCUGGAACUCACUCAGUAGACCAGGCUGGCCUCAUACUCAGAGAUCUGCCUGCCUCUGCCACUGCCAUGCCCUAUUUCUCUUAAGAGCAUCAUAGAAAAGUAUCCUAAUUACUGUCCACUGUCAAAGCUAUAUUGCAGGACUCCUACACCAGGUCUACCUCAUCUGCAUCUCCACAACAGGCAUCCCGUGUGCUAGAGCCUUGAUACCUGUCAGAGGACAGAGAGGCAAGCUGCCAGGUUAACAAACACCAGAAUAGGUUGGGGUAUGGCCGAGUGAAGAAUGCCUACCAAGUACAAGGCCAUGGGAACUAUACCCAACAGUGCAAAAUCAAACAAAGACAAAAUCAACCAGUAAGACCAAGUAAGACACAGAAGACCAAUAAAGCAUGGCCAUUCCCUGACACUUGCUCCUAGGGAUGGCAGUUCAGUUCAUUUUUGGGAACACCCCAGGAGCAGGUCUCUAUGUGAUCAGUGUGUGGAAACACAACAGCCUCAGUAGCAAGGCAACUGGACAAAUCUUCAAGUCCUCCUGGUGGCAAAACCAUCUCACAUGGAGGCAAGUCAUACCACAACUAACCAAGACCUGAGCGCCUCACCUGCCAGCCCACCACCAGAGCCACACAAGAGGACCACAGAAAAAUCAGGAGCUGGUGCCCCACCCAAAGAUAACCUCUCAGGGCACCUGACCUCCACUGGUUGUUCUUUAACAGUGAGGGGAAAGAGUACUUAGUUCUCAAGGAAUGCAAUACUGCCCACACAAACUACACAGCCUCAGAGACGAGGCUGCCGGAUGUGAACAAACACAAGGCUUCCUAUAUAAGGAGCAGCCAGUCAGCAGGCACCACAUCCCCAGGCAUUCCAGGUAAGCACUCUCUGCUGUCUGUUUAUGUAUGUGUAUAUGUGUAUGCAUGAACAUGUGUGCUCGAAGGGGUCUAAAUUAUUCAGCACUGUCCCCCCCCCCCAUUUACUUUCUCUGGGUGUCAGUGAGCUCACUAAACAAAGACAACAGUGUAGGUCAGCCUCAUUGGCUCCAACAUCAGGCUCCUGAGGGCUCAGGAUAACCAACACCGAAAUGGACAGCCCUCCAGCACAUCAGGCUCUGCCUCGACAGCUUAGAAAAGGCAGUUUAGCCUUUGGCUCUCCCACCCUUGUAAGAUGGUGACAAGAAAGCCUUGCUUCAUCCAGCAGUCCUAUCCUUACUUCUGAAGCUUGCUGGAUUCCAACCUGAGCAAAUUCUAAGGCAUACAUCAUGGAGACAAGUAAGCUAGCAGAAGUCCCUCUCUCCCCCAGAUCAUCUGUCCUCACCACCAAGGCCAUGGUGUCUUCAGCGACUAUCUGCAGUUUGCUACUCCUCAGCAUGCUCUGGAUGGACAUGGCCAUGGCAGGUUCCAGCUUCCUGAGCCCAGAGCACCAGAAAGCCCAGCAGAGAAAGGAAUCCAAGAAGCCACCAGCUAAACUGCAGCCACGAGCUCUGGAAGGCUGGCUCCACCCAGAGGACAGAGGACAAGCAGAAGAGGCAGAGGAGGAGCUGGAAAUCAGGUUCAAUGCUCCCUUCGAUGUUGGCAUCAAGCUGUCAGGAGCUCAGUACCAGCAGCAUGGCCGGGCCCUGGGAAAGUUUCUUCAGGAUAUCCUCUGGGAAGAGGUCAAAGGUGAGUAAUCUGAAAUGGAGCUUAACCCUAUUUUUGAGUUAUACAAAUUUUCUCCCCUA